AAUCAGUGUUUAUCACUGGACAACAAAAAGUUUUUGCAUUUGGUUGGUGAACCAUUUGCCCAAAUUGCACUUGACUUUGUAGGAUAUUACAAAAAUACCAUUCAUGAUAAGUAUGCUACUUUGGACUAGGGCUACCCUUGUAAAUUUGGAACAAAUCGGGGGUUAUAUGUAUAAAAAUCCCCAAAUCCCCUUCUCGAUUCCUCUCCCCUUUUCCUCUUCUCCGACGUCUCCCAUCCCUCGUCGGCGCCGCUCGAAUCUCCGUUAAAGCCUCGGAUUGGAUCUCGUUUUGGAUAGAUUAGAGCUCCUUUUCUUCUGUUAUUCUUGGAUCGCUUCUUUGCUGGUUCGGAUCCUUGAUCUAUGGUGCUGUUUGAUCGUGUAGGUGAUUCAUGGCUGACCAGCAGUUAGUGGCACAAGUCCAAGACCAUGGUUUGGUUGCUAGUGAUCAUUCUUUAGUUAUUGGCCAAGAGUUUCAGGAUGUGGAAAGUUGCAGAAGAGCACUAAAGGAGAUUGCCAUUGCUUUACAUUUUGAGCUUCGGAUAGUGAAGUCUGACCGUAGUAGAUUCAUUGCCAAGUGCUCCAAAGAAGGAUGCCCAUGGAGAAUUCAUGUGGCAAAGUGCCCUGGAGUGCCGACUUUCUCAAUUCGAACUUUGCAUUCUGAUCAUACUUGUGAAGGUGUCCGCAAUCUUCAUCACCAGCAAGCUUCUGUUGGAUGGGUGGCAAGAUCAGUGGAGGCCCGUUUGAGAGAUAACCCUCAGUAUAAACCGAAGGAGAUAUUGCAGGAUAUUCGUGAGCAGCACGGAGUUGCUGUGUCUUAUAUGCAGGCAUGGAGGGGAAAGGAGCGGAGUAUGGCUGCAGUUCAUGGUACUCUUGAGGAUGGGUAUCGUCUUCUCCCUGCAUACUGUGAGCAGAUUAGGAGAACAAAUCCUGGAAGUAUUGCGGUGGUUUAUGCUACUGGUCCUGAGAAUUGCUUCCACCGUUUGUUUAUUUCCUACAGGGCAUUGAUAUAUGGAUUUCUACAAGCUUGUAGACCACUUCUGGAGCUUGAUAAAGCACAACUCAAGGGGAAAUACCUUGGAACCUUGCUUUGUGCUUCUGCUGUAGAUGCAAAUGAUACAUUGUUCCCGUUAGCAUUUGCAGUUGUGGAUUCUGAGACUGAUGAUAAUUGGAUGUGGUUUCUUUCAGAGCUGCGAAAAUUGCUUGGAGUGAGUACAGAUAAGAUGCCGAUUUUGACAAUUUUAUCAGAGAGGCAAAAUGGUGUUGUUGAAGCAGUGGAAACUCAUUUCCCCAGUGCCUAUCAUGGAUUUUGUUUGCGCCAUGUGAGUGAGAGCUUCCGGGAUGAAUUUAAGAAUUCGAAACUGGUCAAUCUUUUUUGGAAUGCUGUUUAUGCGCUCACUGCAGCUGAGUUCGAGUUGAAGGUGGCUGAGAUGAUGGAGGUCCAAGACGUCAUGCCUUGGUUCCAUCGCUAUCCACCUAAUCUCUGGGCUGUCGCAUACUUUGAGGGUGUGAGAUAUGGCCAUUUCACUCUCGGAAUUACCGAAUUAUUAUAUAACUGGGCUCUCGAGGGUCAUGAGCUUCCCAUGGUGCAGAUGAUGGAGCAUAUCCGACAUCAUUUAAACACAUGGUUUCACGAACGGCGAAAUAUGGCCAUGUCAUGGGCAUCAAUCCUUGUACCCUCUGCGGAGAAGUUGAUUGCAGAAGCCGUUGCAGAUUCACGCUGCUACCAAGUUCUUCGUGCAAACAAAGUGGAGUUUGAAAUCGUGUCAUCUGAGAGAACAAACAUUGUGGAUAUACAAAGUCGGUGUUGUUCUUGUCGGCGAUGGCAAAUAUAUGGCAUACCAUGUGCGCACGCUGCAGCAGCACUCCUAUCAUGCGGCGAAGAUGUCAGACUCUACGCCCAAGAGUGCUUUAGCAUCAACAGUUACCGUGAAACCUAUUCACAGGUGAUCAAUCAAAUUCCCGAUAGAAGUUUAUGGAAGGAUGUAGCAGAGGGAACAGAAGGUGGUCUCGGCAAAGCAGAUAUAAUCAUUCGCCCGCCAAAAACACGGAGGCCCCCAGGCCGGCCAAAGAAGAAGGUCCUCCGAAUAGAAAGCUUAAAGCGACCGAAACGAGUUGUACAAUGUGGCAGAUGUCAUCUGUUGGGACACUCACAGAAGAAAUGCACAUUGCAAAUCUGACUCCCAAUGCUGUCCAGCUGAAUUUUUUUCUUCUUUUUUCUGAUAAUUUGCAGUUUAAAUUAUUGAGCUAGUAUUUGUAUCAUGGCAGCAGAUAAGCAUGAGCAUGCUAUACAAAAUCAUUGUUGUAUCUCCGUCAUUUGAUUGAAUCUGAGUUGCAUCCUAGUGUUCCAUUUUCCGCGAAAUUGAUUUC